UAUAUUUAGUAUUAAAAUCUGUACUUGCAAUUAAGUGAGCUUGAUCUUAUUUUAGCAUACUGACAUGAAUAAGAUAAUUGUUCAGCAGACAUAAACAUUUCAAAGUAAAAAUGACACUUCUCCGUGAGGAGACUACAAAGCUCGUUGGGUAGUUACACAAAAGGAUAAAUAUUAUUAUCAGGAACAAAGAUCUGGCCUGAUUUAUCCUGCCUGACAGUCUGUACUUCCAUCUGAUCUGAUAACUGCUCAGGCUUCUGACCCUGUGUGUACCUGGUUACACUGAAAGUGCCUUGGAGUUUAUUCAACCUCGCAUUCUUUACUACCUGGCAGGGGCACAUAGCAGGUGCACACCAAAUAUUCAUUGACCUGACGAUUUCGUAACAUCCUUCACUACCCUCCCUUCUGUCCUCUUUCUGCAGUACUCAGGAGCACUUUAUUUAUCAAAGUCAGAGAUCAGAUAAUCACUCAACAAAUACAAAAUUUUAGAUAGGGCAUGGGGAGGGUGCAAACCGGAGACCCCACCCACCUGGGAAGCCCGGGAAGGCUUCCUGGGGUAGAAGUCCUCUGGGCUACAAUGUGCAGGGUGAAUGCGACUGUGGAGGGGGCAGGAAUUAGAGGACCAGAUGCGAUCUAGGAAGGGGCCUUUAAAGGUACAAAGGCCCUGAAACUACAAUAGAAGGCACCUGGGAAGCACUGAAUGAAAUAAGAGGCUCACCUGGAGAGCAGGGACACCUGGGCCUUUGGGAGAAUAAACACGCAGGGGCUAAAAGGUGGUUUUUGCAAAUUACGUUAGAUCUGCAGGCUCUCGAGAGUUUUUUGGCACGCUUCACCAAGGGCUGAGAGGGACCCGGAGACAGAGCGCUCCCUUGGGCCUCAUUACACUUCGCAGCUUGGCCUGUAAGGCGCUGCGGGAGGCCAAGUGGGCCGCCCUCAGGGGAACGCGCCAGGACUCACCCUUUAUCUCACCCAAGCCUCCCACUGCCAUUCCAGCCUAUUUCCUCCAAUUUUGAGGUCUCCCAACCAAUAAGUUUGCCUCUUCACCCAGAAGUAAACUAUCUGAGCGUCCUACGGCAGGACACCCAGGUUAGCUUUUUGUUUCUAGGGGUUUUUCAUGGCUACUCCUCAAUGCGAACAAAAUAUGCCUGCCUUUGAGGUGGGGUGGCUCCAUCGUCCCUCCAGAUGUUUUGUCUAUCUCGAGAACUAUCAGCAACACGUCAACCGACUAGGGCAGCGCCACAGCUCUAGGGUUUAAAGCGGCCAGUUCCGUUGGCCGCCGGUGCCGGAGGCGGCCACCCACUUCCACUCCUCGGGCCGGCCGGGAAGUUUACGUCCUCUUUCCAGGCGCCCGGCAGAGUUGGGAGGGGAAGGGGGUGCAAUGACUAUCCUUCCAAAGAAGGCUCCUCUUCCGAAGUGGCCUGUCCCACACUCGGUCCACUUUGGAAGAGGAAAAAAGUUGUGCAGGAGUGGGAAGGGGCAGGAGCGCGGGCCCAGGAAGGGGUGAGGGCGGGCAGGUGGUCCGGUCGCCCCGGGCGCGCGCGAGCCUGGGUGGAGCUAGCGGCGGGGCGCGGCGUCAGCGUUUAAGAUGCAAAUCGCUUCCCCGCUCCACCGUCCCCCUCCCGCCCGGGGAGUGAGGCUCCGUGGCUCCGCAGCCGCCCACGCCUCCUGCGCGCUGCGGCGCCGGAGCGGGCGGCUCUACUUAAGCGGCGCGGGGGCAGCGACCGGGCACUCGCCUGGAGCGCGCAGGCGAGGCGGGCGGAGCGCACCGAAGCUCUCCGGGGUGCACGGCGGCGCGCUCGCCCCGCUCGGUUCCGCGCGGCUCUCGGCGGUGGCGGCGGCGGCCGGGGCACAGGACUGAGAGAGCGUCCGGAAAAGGCGGCUGCAGCUCCUGUGCGCGGCUCCGCUGCCUGCCACUGCCCAGCCCGGCCGCCUCUUUGCCAUGGCUCUAGCGGACAGCACCCGUGGAUUACCCAACGGGGGUGGCGGGGGCGGCAGCGGCUCCUCGUCGUCCUCUGCAGAGCCGCAGCUCUUCCCCGAUAUCGUGGAGCUGAAUGUGGGGGGCCAGGUGUAUGUGACCCGGCGCUGCACCGUGGUGUCCGUGCCCGACUCGCUGCUCUGGCGCAUGUUCACCCAGCAGCAGCCGCAGGAGCUGGCCCGGGACAGCAAAGGCCGCUUCUUUCUGGACCGAGACGGCUUCCUCUUCCGCUACAUCCUGGAUUACCUGCGAGACUUGCAGCUCGUGCUGCCCGACUACUUCCCCGAGCGCAGCCGGCUGCAGCGCGAGGCCGAAUACUUCGAGCUGCCCGAGCUCGUGCGCCGCCUCGGAGCGCCCCAGCAGCCCGGCCCCGGGCCUCCGCCGCACCCUCGGCGCGGGGUGCAAAAGGAGGGCUCGAUGGGCGACGAGCUGCUGUCGCUCGGCUACACGGAGCCAGAGCAGCAGGAGGGCGCCUCGGCCGGGGUGCCGUCGCCCACGCUGGAACUGGCUAGUCGCAGCCCAUCCGUGGGCGCCGCGGGCCCGCUGCUCACGCCGUCCCAGUCGUUGGACGGCAGCCGGCGCUCGGGCUACAUCACCAUCGGCUACCGCGGCUCCUACACUAUUGGGCGGGACGCGCAGGCAGACGCCAAGUUCCGACGAGUGGCGCGCAUCACCGUGUGCGGCAAGACGUCGCUGGCCAAGGAGGUGUUCGGGGACACCCUGAACGAGAGCCGAGACCCCGACCGGCCUCCGGAGCGCUACACUUCGCGCUAUUACCUCAAGUUCAACUUCCUGGAGCAGGCUUUCGACAAGCUGUCUGAGUCGGGCUUCCACAUGGUGGCGUGCAGCUCCACGGGCACCUGCGCCUUCGCCAGCAGCACCGACCAGAGCGAGGACAAGAUCUGGACCAGCUACACCGAGUACGUCUUCUGCAGGGAGUGAGCUCCCCAGACCCCCUCGCAACUCAGCUCACCCGUCCCUCCCUCUCUGCCCGGGAGAGGAUUAUAGAGCUCCCCUCUAAGCCCUUGCCUUCCCAGCCCACUGUGCCCCACCUCCAGUAGCCCCCACUUCAGGACCUGGAGCCACAGAUCCUCUUGGCUUCUUCGUCUUCUCUGGACCCCACUAGCCGAGAGAGUCCAGAUGUCCCCCCUCCACCCCAUGCUUCCUGUGGCCCCUGCCUCAGACACCCCUCCCCCGGAUUGCCCUUCAGUCUGAUCUAAUGGGGGCAGUGUGGCCACAAAGUCACCAAGUACCUGGGAAUGAUCGAAUUGUUCAGAACCUGAUUGGACCCUGUCCAGUGUGGAGAGGAUUCCUUGAAAUCUUCUCAAGCCCUUAAUGACUGAUUCGAGAAUAGUGUUUCAAAAAGUUAUAUCAUAGUCUUUUGGCCCUCUUUAAAGGUAAAGUUUUAGAAGGCUAAAUGGAAGACUCUGAACCUGGAAUUAGCAUCCCCUGGAGGCAGUUCAUCGACUAUAAAUGAGUCAAGUUUUGAAAAGUUACAGGUAGAAGUAGGAGAAGACUCGAGUGCUGGCACAAUUAAGGAUCAUAUCUUCUCCAUGUAGAAAUAAAGGCCUUCGCCUGUGGCUUAAACUUGUAGAAAGUUACCCUCCAGGCUGAGGAGGCACCCUUUCUCCUCUGCUCACUGCCAGAGCCUUUGGUGGGACUGGUUGAUAUGGCAGCCCUCGUUGGCAGGAGGGAGACAGAGCGCAGCGGCUGACAAGGGCAAGACAGCCCAGGUCACCAAGCUGCGGGGAAGUCACCAGGCAGUGAAUAAAUGGAGCUGGGUAUUAAUGCACGUCUGGGUGUUAGGACAGCCCAAGUAUUUUUGCAGUGAAUGGCAGUAGGACCUUAGCUCUUAAGACUUGGGGGGUGGGGUGGGGAGGGAGGAAAGGAAGGCAGGAGGGGUGGGAAGGGAGGAACAGACAUAAUCAUUUAUUAUUUGAAAGUUGGAAGUUUGUACCAUCCUUUUGAGUACAUGCAUAUAAAAACAAUAGUACAUGAAAACGUGCAAAGCAUUUUUAUAAAGACUAUUAAUAUCUACUCUUAACUGGCAGUUUAUUGAACUAACUGUUUUGAGUCCUAAACUUAGAAGUUACUGAUACUCAUAUAACCUAACCAAAGAGUUACCAGUAGGAUUUUUGGUUUUUUGGGUUUUUUUUUAGUUUUUGAAAUUUAUUUUCUUGUUGAUUGUAAACCCUGAGUUAAAAAUAUAUUUACUUGAGCAAAAUGUGUUUGAUUUUGAUUACUUAAGCUUAAGCUCUCUCAUUAAAAAUCCUUAUUUUCUCCAAGCCCAGUCAAUGUUGACUUCUGGGCAAACCUGAAAACCAGAAAAUGCCACUUCUUUCAUGCAGAUUAUUUGAAGUUAAGGUGGAAUCGUUUUGAUUGACAGGGCUGCAGAGAAGUAGAAGCACGAAGGGCUGCCCAUCUGUAGAUAGCUGAAAAAUUGAAUAUUUUUAAAAAUGAAAACAAGUACUUAAAAGUGAGCUGAGCAAUAAAAUGGUGUUUUAGGUAAAUGCAACAGAAACAGAAGGAGACCUGGUUGCCUUAUACCUUUUCUCUAACAUGGAAUAAAUUCCCACUGCAUAUCCUAUCUACACCAUAAGUGAAGGAAAAUGAAUCUUUAUCUUCCAUGCUGUGAGGCUUUUUUGAGUAUUCUGUGAUGAUGGAGAAGCCUUUCUCUUUUUUUUCAUUUGUUUCAGCAUCUUUGGAGUAUGUUUCUAAAGAUUUUUGUAAGAGUCUGUUUUCAGUGUUUAAAUCAGCACCAUUUUCCCUUCUUUUUAAAAAUGAAUCUGGUACUGUAUCUUACUAUGUCCAUAACAUGUUAAGAAUCGGAACAGUUGUGUUCUUAGACUCAUGAUCCAAUCUGUAUAUAUCAUAUAUAAACAUUUUACACGAAUCAUUUAGUUUUUUAAUUCAUUUACUAAUGCUAUAAAAUUUCCUAUAUUUGCCCUCACUAACUUUCAUUAGGUGGUGUAUAUACUAAAGCAACAUGUUUUGAUGAGUUUACUAUAUCCUUGUCUAUGGGAAAAUUGGGUUAGGAAAAAUACUAAUUAUAAAAGUUUUCUCCAUACUUUUGCUUGGAUAUUAGUUAUAUACUAAUAUGUUGAUUAACUGUCUACUUAAAUCAAGGUACCUGUAUUUUUAAUCCACUUUUUUUUUAAGUUGGGAAAGAGAAAGAUUUGAGGUCUUUUAUUAUUGCGGUUGCAUUUUUAGAAAAGUAAAGUUAGCUUUAUUGUAAGGGAAGUGGAAGCAGAAAUCCAGGAAGUCGUGUUUGCUUUUGUGCUGAGUUUUCUCAAACUAGAUAAUGCAUCAGAACUUACCUCUGUUUCAAGCCUGAAAUGAUUUAGGAAUGUCACUCACUGGCCAAAAGUGAGUGUCACAGAGAUUUCUCCGCCCAUAUGGUAUUCUGUUAGAUUGCUCAACAAAAAUCACGUAAUUGAGAACAUCUCAGAGGGAGGGACAGAUCAGAAACUGACAUAUGGGAAGAUGCUGAGUUUCUGAUUUUCCCUGCUAAAUCUGUAUCACUCCAGGAGUCAUGAGAAACUGCUGAAGUUUUGUCUCUGCCACUUAAGUUAUAAAUUUUAUCUUGUAAAACUUAGACUUGAACGAUUCCACUGCUUUGUGCAUACACAUUUUACUCCCCGCCCCCAUCCUUGCUGCUCUGCCUCGCUGCCCUUACCCUUUUCAUUAUCGGAAAGACUGGAAAUCUAAUGUUUGGAGACAGAAAACCAACCUCAUUUUCUGGGUAUGACUGUCCCCUCUAAUGUUUGAAGUGGAUACCUGAAAACAUAUUUUUAGUUCAAAGUAAAGGCUGGGUAGGAAACUCAUUCUACAUUGGGGAGAGCAUAUAACUGAGGUAAGAUAACUUGGCAUGGACACUUUUGGGUUCCUUCUCUUCUAUGUGCUUUAGCCACAGGACCCUUGGUGGUCGACAGAGUGGGCUGGAGUGUUUGUUGGUUGUCACCCAUGAACUUGGGUGGGAUAUUGAGGGUCCAUUUGAAUAAACCCUGUAAAGGCACCAUUCAAGUUACCUGGGAGAAUAGCAUAAUUAUUCAGAUAAUUAUGACUGCAUUAACCUCAGUGUAGCUUGUAUUUACAUAUGUAAUGGCUAUGAUUAUCAUUUGAUUUACAAAUACAACUGAGUGACAUUAGAUUUUAAUAACAAAUUUAACUUGAAAAAAUUGUUAACAGUGAUUAAAAAAACAGGUACCAUGUUCAAUGCUUUUGCACCAAGUAUUUGACAAGUUGUCUAUUUUUUAAUACAUGUAGAAUGUGAACCAUAUUCAUUCUAAUUUUUCAAAUUAUAUGUUGUGGAAAAUAUUCCUUGAAGGUGUGAGACUUUAAAAUUUUUCUCUCCUUUAGUACUGUUUUUAUUCUUCUGUUUCUUAUUUGGCCUUUUGCAUUGAUAGCAAACUGAUAAUUUAUAAUACUAGCCGAAAUUGUCUUCUCUUUCAAACCAGAUCCAUAUAUAUAUAUAUGGCCUGUUGAUUCUCUGAGGAAAUGCAUAAUCUGUGAAUUCUCAGACAACAAAACGGGCAACUGGCAAUGCUCAUAACAUAUUCCAAUUUUUAUUGGAAUUUUCUAUGGAAUGUUGUUAUUACAUUAAAGCCAUGUAAGGUGAAGCUUUGAUAAUUUCUUACUUUUUAACUUAUAGUAAAUUCUAUCUAAUAUUCAAACAUUUUUGUAUUCCACAUGAAAAAUGCUAAGUUACACUGCAGGCAUUUAGAAAGUAUUGACUGGAGGGGUUGAAUUCCUUAAGAAUUUCUUUUUCAGUAUAAAUCAUAAGUGCUUUUCUCAAUUGACUUAAACUUCUAAAAUAGUAAGCUGAAUAUUUUUAUUGUAAAUUUACCAUAAAUCCUUUGGACUUUGUUUUCUUUUUCCCUUGCUAUAGCUCAUUUUAAAAUGGAAUUAGUGUUCAUAGAUGACCUAAUCUUCUCUUGAGAAAUAAAUAAAAUACCUUGUGUUUCUAGUGGCUGUAGUACCUGAAAAAAAGGAUCCCUAGAGCCAGAAACAGUUAAGUUUUCUUGUCACAAGUUUGGGUAAAAAAAAAGAAUCUAAAAGCAUUAAUGUUUGAAGAUUUAGAUUUUCUACUGGGACCCUUGAAACUUGGAAGAAAUUCAACCAGAAUAUCUACAUUAAAGUAUAAUCUUGUGUGGUAGGAAGAUGGACUAGUUGACCAAGAAUUCUUGUCACCUUAUACCUUGUGUGAUUUUUUUUCCCCAAGCCAUUUUUUUAAUUUUAAAUGUGUUUUGAGGUAUGUGAACAUUAAUUAUAAUGUAAAACUAUUAUACAACUGUCUUUGUGACUUUAUAGGCAGGCACAUUUUGCUAUUACUAUUGAAUACAAAUGAUGACAAUUUAUUUAUGACCAUGCAAACAGCAUUAGUGACGUUUUAUGAUAAAAGUUUAAAACAUCCAUCUUGGAUGUUAAUUUUAAAGAUGUAAAUUAUGUUAUUUAAAUUUUUCCAGGCAUUGAAAAACUCUUAUCUGCUAAACAAUGUAAGAGUCCCACAGAGCUAUCUGUAAUUAUAAAAUUAUUGAAAAUGUCUUACAUAUCAUUGAGCCAUUUUCUCAAAAUAGAAGGUGAAAGGAAAAAAGUAAUUAUACAAGUAUCAGGUUUUUCUAACGAAACAGAAAGCCAAGAAAAAAUUCCCUCUACAUUUAAAAAAAGGCACUGAUGAAGUCUUUUCCGGCAUGUCUAAACUUUAAAUGAGAAUUUCUUCAACCAUCUCCUGUUCACAACCAGUUGUAUAACAGAAAUACUCGAUGCUGUUUUCCUCCCAGUGUGUGAAGUAAUGAAUCAUUAUGUGACUUGUUAUGUAUUCUAUUAAACACUAAAGAAUAAAAUAUUCACUCCUUUAAUUACU